AUGAAAUAUCCGCCUGAUCUACCCGACUUUCUCUGCGGUGCCCUAGUGCAAUCGCUGCUCCCUGCGACGCUCCUGCUGACGACAUCCAAAGGGUCUGCUCUCCGCUACAUGUCAAUUCCAUGCAUGGUAUGGAUCGCAAGCCGUCUGGUGUAUCCUGUGCCAGGCAUUGAUACGCUUAGACUGAACGCAGUUUCGAUGCUGCCAUUGAUGGCUCUCCAAGCAGCAAACCUCAUGCUGAUCAAUCCGCUGGACCGAGAAAACCUUUGCGCUGAGAAGCCAGAGCAUACUAUUUCAUGCUUCGGACGUCUCAGUUAUGCACUUCAGGUAUUGGCCCAGCCUCGUGGUGUGAACACGCCUCGCCAGGUGAAAAAUGUUCCCCCUCAUCCGGCCUACUAUAUCCGCAGCGGCAGCCUGACGCCGUGCCGUGGUCGCUUUUUGACUAGACAGUGCGCUAUACUAGCCUGGUAUUACCUGUGCCUUGAUUUUUUACAAACAGUCGCUCGUCAGCAAGCGACGGACGAAGGCUCCCAAUCAAAAUUCUCACCGAUUGAGUGGGCUGUACCGGUGGACAAAUGGAUCGAGCGGGUGAUUACGAACCUUGUCACCUGGCUCGUCGUGACCCGUAUAAUCAUCGAUACCUAUUACCGCGCGUCAUCCAUCAUAUUCGUAGGAUUGCGACUGGAUUCUCCCUCCAAUUGGCCGCCCGCUUUUGGACGCGUGGCAGAUGCCUACACUCUACGAAAUUUCUGGGGGAAAUUCUGGCAUCAAUUACUACGCCAACAAUUUACGUCUCUCAGCAACUUUAUUGCGCGUGAUAUUUUGCGUCUCCCAAGACCUUCCAUACAGGAGCGGUACACCAACAUCUUCAUAGUUUUCCUCCUUUCAGGCUUGUUGCAUUUCAUGAUAAAUUACUUGCAGGCCAUCCCACUUCAGCAUUCCGGGGCGAUGUUGUUUUUUACUUCUAUGGUGCUGGGCAUCAUGUUCGAAGAUGGCAUACAGGCAGUCUGGAAACGAAUCAUGGCUCCCUCUGGAGUGCACCUACCUACCAUCCCGGAGAGCGCUUCCGUAUCGCCGUGGAAGAGGGCUAUUGGUAUGUGUUGGGUUACGGCGUGGAUAGGCGUAUUGUCGACUGUCUAUUUUGAACCCCAAUCGCAGCUGCCAAAAGAAGAGACCAGCUUGGUCCCUUUCAGCGUUGUCGAACGACUUGGCCUUCGAUUUGCUGUGGGGAUCUUGGUGACUAGUGGUGUUAUAUUGAGUAUUGUUUUCCGAACACAGAUAUGA